AGCUUGCCGUCGGGCGGAUAACUGAAAUUCGUGUUUUUCAAAUGUAUUUCCAAUUCUUAUCGCCGCCAAUAUGCAACUAUCGUUAAUUGAAUCUGUAUAGAUUGUGUUCUCAAACCACAAUAACAGUUUAAAGUGUUUAGCCGCGAAAGCACUUGGAUUUCAUUGCCACUGCGGUUGUUUGUUCUGUUUUUAUUAUUGAUAUUUUUAUUUUAUUACAUAAAUCCAUUUCUCGCUAGUCUUACACAACCAAAAAUUUACUUGUAAUUUGUUUAUAAAAUAUCUAUCGAUUAUUCAGGCACACGCCUGAAAAAUACUUAAAAACAAAACUGUUGCCUAUAAAAUACUUUACUGAAAAAGUAAAAAAAAAUAAGCAAAAUAUUUUUAAAAAUGUCGGAUGGCCAUGGGCACGGGGAACCGAAUCAGUCGAUGCAAAAUCGGAAAGAAAGUGUGGCGAAUGCGAACGUGCCGAGUGAUAGCCCUGUGACAGACCCGGGGCAGGUCCGUGGCGGGAAUACUGACGCGUCAGCAGGCAAGUUCGAUGGCCAACGGAAGUCUGGUGCUCUGAAAAAGUCGGCAAGAUACAGAAGCAGAUCCCUUUCAGCCUCUUCUGCAGAUUCAUACAGCUCUACUUCCUAUACUGGGUCAUCAUCAGAUGAAGACGAAGGCAUCCAGCCCCACGAGAAGGCGAUAGCGGCCGGCCAGCCCAACCCCCCUCACUGUGUCCGCAACAUUGAACAACACGCCUUUGGCCGCAGAGAGAUCGAAAUUGCCGAGCAAGAGAUGCCCGGGAUAAUGGCACUUAGGGCCCGUGCCAAAGAUGACAAGCCUCUCAAAGACGCCAAGAUUGUCGGCUGUACUCACAUAAACGCCCAGACGGCAGUGCUCAUCGAAACACUGGCAGCUCUGGGCGCCACGGUUCGCUGGGCAGCGUGCAACAUCUACAGUACACAGAACGAAGUCGCCGCUGCUCUUGCGCAUAACGGCUUCGCGAUAUUCGCGUGGCGCGGCGAGAGCGAGGAAGCGUUUUGGUGGUGCAUCGACCAGUGCUGCGCGCCCGGCGCCGCUUGGCAGCCGAACAUGAUACUAGAUGAUGGUGGAGAUGCAACGCAUCUCAUGCUCAAGAAACACCCACAGGCCUUCAAACAGAUCAAAGGUAUAGUAGAAGAGAGCGUGACAGGCGUCCACAGGCUGUACCAGCUCAGUAAAGCGGGCAAGCUGUGUGUACCGGCUAUGAACGUCAACGACUCAGUUACUAAGACCAAGUUCGAUAACUUGUACUCAUGUCGGGAAAGUAUAAUAGAUGCCCUAAAGCGCAGUACAGACAUAAUGUUUGGUGGGAAGCAGUCGGUGGUGUGUGGGUACGGUGAGGUCGGGAAAGGGUGUUGUCAGGCCCUCAAGGCUUUGGGAUGUGUGGUGUACGUAACAGAAAUAGACCCAAUUUGCGCGUUACAAGCCGCAAUGGACGGAUUUAGAGUUGUCAAAUUAAACGAGGUUAUAAGGCAAGUGGAUAUAGUAAUAACGGCGACAGGAAAUAAAGGUGUGGUCACACGGGAACACAUGGAGCGCAUGAAGAAUGGCUGCGUGGUCUGCAACAUGGGUCAUAGCAACACGGAGAUAGAUGUACACGCGCUGCGCACGCCGGAUCUGCUGUGGGAGAGAGUCCGGAGUCAGGUGGACCACAUAAUCUGGCCAAACGGCAAACGCAUCGUGCUGCUAGCGGAGGGUCGGUUGGCCAACCUGUGUUGUUCUUCUCUACCUUCAUUCGUGGUCUCCGUCACAGCCGCCACACAGGCUCUAGCACUUAUAGAGCUGUACAACGCGCCACAACCUAGGUACAAGGCGGACGUGUACCUCCUACCAAAGAAAAUGGAUGAGUACGUAGCAAGUCUUCACCUACCCACAUUCGACGCGCACCUCACAGAGCUAACAGACGAGCAAGCCAAGUACCUCGGCUUGAACAAGGUCGGCCCUUUCAAGCCGAAUUAUUACCGUUACUAGCGCCAGUGCAGUUGCGAGCAGUUCCACGCGGUCUCGUGCUGUUUCCCGCAAGUGAGAGAUAUUCGGUGUGGGGUUAAAGACGGGCAGAAGUAAAGUGUAGUUUGAUAAAAAAAGUGCAGUUUGGUAAAAAAGUGAAGUGUGGUAAAAAAGUGAAGUGUGGUAAAAAAAAGUGUAGUUUGGUAAAAAAGUGCAAUUUGGUAAAAAGUGCACUUUAGUAAGAAAGUGCAGUUUGUUGGCAAAUUGUUAGCAGUUUUGUAAGAAAUAGGAUGCAGUUUAGUGAGAAAUAAAUUGAAUUUGGAUAAAUACAUUAAAGCGGUUGCUAAAAUUGCAGGUGCAGGUCUGCAGCUCGGUUUUAGUAAUGUACGGAAUAAAAAAUGUAACACUUUCGAAUAGCCUAAGAGCCAACGGUCGCCAGACCUUCAUUGUUUUAUAAAAGCUGCAACUACCUGCGUUGUCUCCCAACCCAGACAACGAUCAGCAACUAUGAAGUUUGGAUCAUUGUGGCUUAUAUGCUAUUUUGUAAUUCAGUUGAAAAACUACUAACUUCAGGGCAAUUACAGACGGGAAUUGCCUUUGGAUUGGCUUUGCACUUAAUUUUUUUCUGCCUCUUUUAGGAUGUGGUGAGAUACAGAGUGUUAGUGACAUCGUAACGAAUACUAAGGGGGGUGGAAUUCAGACCAUGAUUCUGAGUUAAUAUCAAGUAGAAUUUUCCGUCGCAAAAUUCAUAAAAAUUUAUGUGUUUUUUAAAUUAUUCUCAUUUCCAUACUUUUGCGAUGGAAAAUUCCACUUGAUAUCAACUGAGAAUUACAGUCUGAAUCAACCCUGAAAGCUUUCGUUAUGAUGUCACUAACACCCUGUUUACACGGGGAACGGUUAGAGUCCAGUCUUUGGAUUUUGGGAAAACCAAAUAUGCAAAUAUUUAUCUCAGGACAUCCACCACCACCUUAUGAUCAUUUCGACGAACAUUCGUUUUGCUUUUUUUGCAAUUGUUUUGUGUAAAUUUAAAAGAUGUUAUAUAGAAUGCUAAAUAUGACCAUUUCAUGAAAUGGUCGACCACAUCAUGAAAUGAUCAAUUUUACGAUCUGGCCACGACAUAUAAUAUACCAAAUCAAAACCGUGACGCAAAUACCAAACACGUGCCCAUUUUUCAUGUACUCGGCAGGGAACACUUGGCAAUAUCCGUCUAUAAUUCCUCUGAGCUGCUUAUUCAUCUUUUAACUGAUGGAGUGAGUAAUGACAGGGGCCUUUGACGGCCCAGUAAUAACCCAGCCAGGGUUGGUGAGGUCGGUCUUUGGCCUUAACAGUUACAACUUUACAACCCGAUUGAUAAAUGCGUGUAACCAUUGUAUAAGAAAACCCGGUAUGCUCAAAAGUGACAGCUAACAUUUCAAGGUUAGCCCAGCUGACGUCAUCCCACCCUGUGUUGCCAUUUCGUAAAAAAUAAAUUACCCACGACCAAUGUUUUUUUUGCAAGGAAAUUUUAAACUUUAAGCAAAAUAUUUACUUAUAGUUUUAAUGAUUUUUAUAUAAUUAUGACAAUUAAUAGUAAUAAAAUACAUUAGUCAGUACUUCACUUAAUAUUCAAUAAUAAAAUUUACGUCCUGUUGGAGAUACCAAUUUAAUGGUAACACAGUGGUAACUUUUACAUCAUCAAUGGGCUAGCAAUGGCGGCUUGUCAUAGGAUUGAGCAUACCUGAUUUUCUUAUACCAUGUGUGUAACGGCAAACUACAAAUCGUUAGUGGAAUUGUAAUAACGACUAUUGUAAUAACGGAUAGCAAAAUAAUGCCUUGUUUUCACUGUGGCAUUGUGUCAUGACAUUUUUAUUAUACAGGCUGUUAGUGACACCGUAACGAAUACUGAGGGGGAUGAUUCAGACCAUGAUUCUGAGUUAAUAUCAAGCGGGAUUCUCCGUCGCAAAAUUCAUGUAUUUAUUAAAUUUAUUUUCAAUUCUACACUUGAUAUUAACUCAGGAUCAUGGUCUGAAUCAUCCCCCUCAGUAUUCGUUACGAUGUCACUAACACCCUGUAUAUAAGUAUUACUUUUUGGAGGCAGAUAGCACCGCGUUUUGCUUUGACGUUUUAAAAUAGUGUUGCCACUAAUGAAAUUAGAAUAGGUACUUAGGUACUCUCAACUUAUUAUUGCGCCUGCGUUUAGUUUAUAGCAAUUGCUCAUUGAAUAAAAUCCACAGGCGCCCACAUGAAAAAAGGACAUCGUUGUUGGUAUAAAAAGAUCUUUUUUGAAUAAUGAAAAAACAAAAUGUCAUGACUCAAUGUCAAAAUGUGACAUUGAAAAAAUAAUGUGUAGUUAAAAAAAUAAUUAAUUAUAAGCUUUCAGAUGCUUUGAUGUGAAUGGUUAUGGUAAGGGAUGCGUGAAAAUGCGAAAAUAAAUUUGUCCAAAGAUUAUUGAUUUGGCCUAAACCACAACUCGGACAGUCCAUACAAUAAUCUGAUUCCUACCUUUUUUUUUGACGUGACUUAUUGUAGAUUUGCCUCAGAUGGCAUUAACUACUUGGCCGGACAAAUGGGGAGCGCUGAAGGCUCUCACCCGGUAAAACGUUUAAGACAACAGGCCUGAGGGUGCCCAGUUGGGCGCGAACCUCGGCUCAGGGCGUCGUCUGAGAGGAAAAAUACUUGAAAGAAUUAAUCGACCCUAGUGGGUCGAUAGCGAUAAGCGCUGAAUGAGGGAAAUCGUCGACCACGCCGGCGGGGUCGGUAUCGGGGUCCUGAAGUGUUUGGUGUCGCGAGCUGAAAAAUAUCAAGUAACAAUUACUUUUUUAUAUGCUUCCACCAUUAUAUUACAUUUUUGAUAAAUUAUGUACCCCAACAAUGAGUAAAUAGGUAAUUAUCACGUUAAAAGUGAACACCGCCAUCUAUCGUGUGUUUGGGGAACGUCGAUUGGUAAGUCUCCAUUACCCUGUAUAAAGUUGAUAAUACCGUUCAGCGCUUCAUUUUAAAAUAGUAAUAAUUUUGUUCGCACUCUUCUAACAUACUUUGGUAUGUAAUAAAUUACAUCCAAAUGUAAUGAAUUACUCUUAAGGCGAAAGGUGUAUGGUGAAAACUAUUCUGUUUUUAUUUUUUGUUAAUAAAUAUGUGAGGUGGUGUUAUGUGAGGUGUGGGGACGUAUUAGAAUUUUAAAAAAACCAAAGCCGUAAUAAAAAAUGUGUUAGACAAUGCAAUUAGUGAUAACGUACAUAGACCGAAAGAAUUUUGCAUAGACAGGAGGACACGGUGGUGUAGUGAUUAACACGCUCGUCUGGGUUUGACAAGACCUGCGGGUUCAAGUCCCGUCCGAGUCAGAAUUUUUCUUGAUUUUUUUUGUGAGUUUCCCAAAGCCCGUGCUUGUGCAAGCAAGUGCUUUCCCCAAGCAAGUGCGUGCUUUGUAGCACUUCCCCGUAGAAGUGCUAUAAAAAAUAAAAUUAAUUUAGUGAUAACGUGUUACCAAUUUCUAGUUUUGUUUUUUAUAAGUAUUAUAUAUUUUUUGUUAUUUUAUUUAGAAUUUUAUUUUUAUUUUACGAGUAAGAUUGUUUUGUUUGUGUAUUUGUUUUAAUGUACUAUAGAAUACAGGUAAAAUACUACUCGAGUUUUCUAGAAAGGUUUGAAAAGUUUGUUAUUCGUUGUCAUAGCAACGCUCGGCGCGUAUUUGCCUAGCCACAUUGAAAAGACGUAUAAAAGUAAGUGCGCAAUGUCAACAGAUACGAAAUAGCAAUUAUUAGAUGAAUUACUUAAAUGUGGCUAUUUAGGCCCCCCCACCUAAAAGACAAUUAUUAUCGCAAUUUGAAUAUUGAUUUUUUAGAUAAAUUGUUUUAAUGUGGCCUUUUUCGACCGCCUGGGAGUUAAAAAGCCCAUAUUGGAGCAUCAGGAGUACUCAUCUUUGGUAUUCGUUUACAUUACACACUUCUUUCUAUGUGCGCUAAUGCCAAAUUGCUUUUUUUAGAUGAAUUGAAUUGCAAUGUAAUCUUAAUUAAACAUUCCUUUUUUGUAAUAACUUAUAAACGUUUGUUUUAAAAUAGUGAAUGUGAGAGAAUGUGUUCAUUAAGUUGCUAAUCGAAUUAUUCGAUGUAGGAAUACAUUUAGGCCGUGUCCAUAUUAGACUCACAGUUAGCGACUGACUGACUCAGCGUCUCAAUGAGGUACUGUCCAGGCCACGUAACCAAAAAAAUAAAAUACGCUGUCAUACUUUAACGUGUGGGAUGGCGCCCAGAGUACAUUGUGUCUUAUUUCAAAGCUGUACUAGGACUCCUGUCCUCCGCCUCUGAAUAGUAUUGACAGUUACUGCUGUCAGGUUCCAGGUUACAGUCCCUGUGACUUGCACCUUCCGUCCUGCAUUGCCAUACCCAUGGCUUCCAUCUCCGCCUCUGCAAUCGUUGAGGUCUUCAUCCGUAUCCGCAAGGAUUCUACGUUAUGCUCCGUAGGUCUGGGUCGUUAUCGGAACUCGGCCACCAUCUGAAAGGAAGAGGCGCCCACUCCCUCGGCAAGGACGCGCCGAACAGGAAUUGCCCCAGUGGGGGGCAGCGAAGAACUCUGUCCAGGGGGCCGGGUUGACUUUUCGAACGCCAGAACGCACAUCUCAACCAGACACAAUGUAAAGUCUAUUUACAGCCAGAUGCGAAACCAAGACCAAAGGCUGUAUGGGCAUCGUCAUCAUCAAUUUAAGAGCCACGCUCUUGUCGGUGCAGCAUUUUCCAUGCUACUUUUUAGGGAAAGGGCAGUGGUUUCCCUCUUGCCUUCCGCCCCGCAGUACUCUGGCUGACGCAAGUGGGGUGGCGCCCAGAGUAGUCUAUUACAAAGCCGUACUAGGACUCCUAUGGUGCUGUGUAUGGUGGUGUGGUGCUGUAUGGGCAUUCCACUUAAAAUGUAUUGAUUGAUUGAUGUGAUCCAGCGGAUUUCGGCUACGGCGACUGCUUCAACUCGAGGCGAACAAGAGGCAAACAGUCAGCUAACUGUGACCGUAAUGUAAACACGGAUUUACGUCAUUGAUGGCUUAGUGAGAAUGUCCGAUCUUUAUGUUGGUAGCAUUUAUCAUGCACUCCGGACACUUAAAAUCUCUUUCGUACCGCGUGCCCUCAAACGCGUAAGUGCGAGGGAGACAGAUAGUCCGCGCGCUCCCCAUUACUCCUUAGCUUACGGCCAACAUACAUACAUAAACAGCCUAUAUACGUCCCACUGCUGGGCACUGGCCUCCCCUCAAUCAACCGGAGGGGAUAUGGAGCAUACUCUACCCCGCCGCUCCACUGCGGGUUGGUGGAGGUGUUUUUUAUACGGCUAAUAGCCGGGACCAACUGCUUAACGUGCCCUCCGAAGCACAGAAUCAUCUUACUUUUUCGGACAAUCAGGUGAUUCAAGCCUGAAAAGUCCUUACCAAACAAAGGACAGUCUCACAAAGUGAUUUCGACAAUGUCCCCAUCGGGAAUCGAACCCGGACCUCCAGAUCGUGAGCCUAACGCUCUAACCACUAGACGACGGAGGCUUACGGCCAUUUAAGACCCAGAGGGGGUGAGGUACGAACCUGGCUUGAUAAAGAGGUAUGGGGUCAAAUCUCGAUAGUCUUUUUCGAUUAAAUUUUCUCUUUGUGAGUUUCCCAACGCAUAUGUGAGUGCUAUGAAAACAAAAUCCUUUCACCGUUUGGCUGGACAAUAGAUCGCGACUUUCUCACAAGCAGGGCGUACACAUUGUUGAAUAUAAUAUUUUUAUCCAACAACAUAAAGUGUAAGUGAUAGCGUGUUGAACAUUAAAAUAAACUAAAGACGCCUAAACCAAGUGUAUUUAUAUGACCGUAGCAAGUAUUGUUGGCAAGUUUUAAUAAAAUAAACGAUUAGA